AUGACACGCUUGUUUCCUCCGACCUGGAAAGGACUCCAUCCAAUCGCUCCUGACCUUCCCGAGCCCUACUCACCGCGAGAGUUGGAUGUGAUUCUGCAAUGCGGUCUAUUGUGGGCAACAGUUUCGAUGCCAUUUAGGUAUGGCAUCCGUCGUUUUAUCCGGAAGCAGAGAAUGCCUCUACCCGGUUCGUUUCUCGCCCACCUCGUAUAUGGAUCUGCCGCCUCCUGGGCUCUGAACGCUUUGUGCGACCAGAGAGAAAAGUCAUGCGUCAUUCCGUUCUUUGAGAAACAUGGGAUUGAACAAAAACCUUUUCGCAUUAUCGAAAGAACGGGAAAGAUUGGGAUGGACGAUAUUGUUGUCUUAGGAGCAUCGGCUGGACUUCUUGUUGCUCGCACCAGGUUGAAGCCUACGAUCACUGGAUGGAGACGGCAUAUAGGCCUUGCUUUCGCCGGUGCCACUACGAUGAGUAUACUGGCGGACUAUCCGCACCAUAUGUGGACAGAGUCCGCAUGGGUGUCGGGGCAGGACCCGUAUACGCCAUCUGCUGCCUUUUAUCGACGCUUCAAGCAGGAGCGUCAGCAAGCCAUUGUAUACACCCAACAUAGGGGUGAGAUCGCCCAAUGCGUCCCGGAAUCGACGAUUUCCAUGUCGCAGAUGUUAAGAAUGCAUCGCAUUUUUGAGGAACAUGCAUCGAUUCCGUCGGGGACCGGACUAAUUGAAAUAUUUUUUGCAUAUUACUUCCUUCCCAUGAAAUUGCUGCACUUCUUCCUUCAGCCCUUCGAUCCCCCUGGUCCCGAUGAUCUUCUCGAAAUUGAUGAAGAGACACAACUCGGCACGGCGGCAGAGCUCCCUAGGUAUAUACCAGGUGCCGUACCCUGGGCGACUGCGCACGUACCGGCUGUGAACUUGGAAGUAAAGAGAGAUUAUUUGUGGAGCAUGCGUCUGCCGGAAGACAUCGAAUAUAUGAAACAUGAGCUCGACCAGAUGGAGGUGGUACGCCAUGGCCUUUUCCGCGAUAAUGCAUACAUUAUGUCCAAGAUUGCUCAGAAAGAAUAUGAGCUGUAUACAACUAAAGAUCAAGGUACUGCGGAACAUACGAUCUUGAUUUUUCAAUUAGACGUUCUGGCAGGUUUUCACAGAAAAAUUGAAUCGGAAAUUCUGCGAUUGGGCUGGAGGAUGAGGGAAGCACAAAGGCUCCUUGCUUUAUCAAGAGGAGAGAACAUAACACCAAAAGAGCGACUGUACUACACGGAGAAUUCUAUGAUCCUUGUGCUAAAUAGACAUAAAGGUCCUGAAUUUCCGUGGCCAACUGCAAGCGAUGAAGUGGCUAAGACGGCAUUCGCGGCGUUGAGGCAAGAAUUGGAGGCUGAUUUUAAGAGUUCUGACUGA